UUAAUGAGAAAUAAAACGAACUUUUGUGAUUUUAGCAAAUGGCUGCAAUGAAAGAAAGAGUGAAAAAUUUAAAGGGGUCUGAAUACUUUCCGUACCCACUGUACAUAUUGUAGCUUAAAGGCAGAGAGCAUAGCUGACGCACAGCAUAAUGCCUUAGCCAAUAAUCUUUUCAUCAGUGGUGGCUGUGAAGUGAUGUGUGAUGUUUGUGACAUUUCCAACACUGUGUUGUAUGACCUUUUAUAUCACAGAGCCUUUGAACUGCCCCCAACAGUGAAUAAAAAAGGGGGGUACAGGUGAGGAAGGAAAGUCAGGAGCUUCUCUGACCAGACUCUCCUGCAGAACCUGAGCUGACUCUUUGGAUCAGUGUAAAAUACAUGAUUUUCCUGCUGCUCCUUUUGGUGUUGACGAAGGAUAUUGAGUCCAGAUAGUAGGAGUCUGAGUCUGCUGAGUCCUUAUACUGAAGGAAAUGUCAGUAAAGAUGUACAGCAGCAACAGUGUUGUUCAGGCACAAAAACUGGUGGAUCAACUUCAGGUGGAGGCAAGCAUGGAGAGAAUCAAGAUCUCCCUGACAGCAGCAGACUUGGUGCGGUACUGUCAGGACCACAGGCGCAGCGACCCUCUGCUCACCGGAAUCGCUGCCUCGUCCAAUCCUUUCAAAGAUAAGAAGACCUGUGUGCUGCUUUGACAAUCCAGAGUAGAGCUGACCAACACAUAACAUAAUGCCAUAUGGACAACUUCUGUCUGAGUGCAACCACAGACUUUCUACUGUCAAAUGUGGACAAGAUAAACCUUUUAGUAUGGCAAUUAAUCUGUUAGUCACCCUGCCACCACUGAGAUAGCACAAACUACACGUUUUUUUUUUAUAGCAUCUCUUUUGAGACGUUGCCUUUCCAGCCUAAAUUAAAGACAACACUAGGCAUACUGUAGGAGGUGUGGAGGAAAUAAAGUACAGAUAAGGGUUUUACGCUGAUAGUUUCCAUUUUUUCACUGAAAGGCUUUAAUUAAUAUUGCUCCUUUACAUAUAUAGUGGCUUCAUGAACAGUAUAAUUAAUGUAUGUGUCUCUUAAAAAGGUUUGAUCCCAAGCUUACAAUAGUAAGGAAUUACUUGGGUAACUUGACUCAGGUCACUUUUUAAGAGUUGCUCAGAUCAAGUAAAUAAUUUUAAAUUAUAAUAGCUGCUUUGUCCAAUCCAAACAUUCAGCACAUCAUAUUUCCCCACAUGACAGUGAACAAAUCUAGCCAAUACUUCAGACACUAGAUUUUCAGGCCAUUUAAUAGUCUUUCAGUGUGUUUUAACAGGUGCAUCUGUCAAGUAUUGUGCAAAUGAUAUAGUUAGAUUUAUCCAAGCAAUUAGUUAUACGUUGUUAGAACCAACACACACACACACACAAGGAAUAUGCAGACAUA